GAUUUGUUGACAUCAUGGCUGAAAAUGUGCGAAUUCCAUGAAUAUUAUAUUUCAAAGUCAGGUGUGAAUGUAAAUAUCAGAAUAUUUGAAAUUAUAACAAAAUGGAGAAAUAUGAAAUUCUACAGAAACUAGGUACAGGAGCCUGUGGUGCUGUUUAUUUGGCCAAAGAUAAAGAAAGCAAAAGACAAUUUGCAUUGAAGAAAAUAGAAUUAGAUGACAAGAAGAAAGUUCGAACAAAAGAACAUGUUUUAAAGGAAGCCAGCAUAUUAGAACAAUUAAAGCAUCCACAUAUUGUUGGUUUUCAAGAAUCCUUUUUAGAAGGCAAUGACCAAUUUCUUAUAAUACUACAGGAUUAUUGUGAUGAUGGAACAAUUCAGGAUAAAAUACAAGAUGCUGAGCGUAUAAAUUCUUCCUUUGAAGAAAAACAAAUAAUGGAGUGGUUUAUACAGAUUGUAAUGGCCGUCCAGUAUAUUCAUUCCAAGAAAGUUUUACAUCGAGAUUUAAAAACAGAGAAUGUUUUUCUAACCAAGAAAAAUGUUGUUAAAAUUGGAGAUUUUGGUAUAUCUAAGAGAUUAGAUAAUACUAUUGAUGUGGCUAAAACUGUUGUGGGUACACCGUCCUAUUUAAGUCCUGAACUCUGUCAAGAUAUACCUUAUAACUCGAAAUCAGAUAUCUGGGCAGUGGGCUGUGUAUUAUAUGAGUUAUGUGCCCUUCGUCGUCCAUUUGAUGCCAAUAGUUUACUUAGUUUAUUCUUUAAGAUAAUAAAAGCAGAAUUCGAGCCAAUACCAUCUAUGUAUAAUACAGAUCUACACAGUUUAGUUAAUAGUUUAUUACAGAAAUCACCAGAGGAACGGCCCAGUGCCAGUGCCAUACUAAACUUGCCAUUUAUAAAACAACACUUAGCUGGAUUUAUCGAAGAGAAAGAAACCCUCCUUCAACAGAAAGUUCUAAAAGAUAACUCUAGUAGUAAACAGUCUCCAGUCGUCCAGUCUUCUGCUAUUAAACUAGCCAAACACAGUGAUCAGAGUCCCAGUCCUAGAAUCAGACGAAAACAGAACUUCCUGUCACCAGGAGAUCUGCUGGUUACUUCUCAAAGUAUUAAAUGUGAUCCAAGUCCAAAUUCAGACCAGUUGAAGCCCGACAGAAGUCCGAAGAGAGAAGCUGGAGAGGAACUUGAUUAUUCUGAUGAUUUUGAUGAAUCGUCAGAUUCUGAAAUAGAAGAAGAUAUUGUAAAUAUAGAAGAUGAAGAUACAACAAUAGAACCAUCCGUUGAAUAUGCUGAUGAUUUCGAGGAGUAUGAUCCCAGCGAGGAUUUAGAUGAAAUUGUGAACCAAGCGAAAGAAGCCCAGGAUCUACAGCCUGUUGAUGAUUAUUUUGAAGAAAGUUUUAACACAAAAAUUGCUGCAUUUUCCCAGACGCAAAUAAUAAAAAGACAUUAUUUAGAUGCUAUUAAAAAGGAAGGAGAUAUGUCACAAGUACAGAAACUGGUUCAGGAUGGAACUUUACCUAAAAGUUUAUUUGGGUUAGAUUUACAGUGUACCAGUGAUAGAGGUGAACUGUGUUAUUUAACCAGCGAUGAUUUAACAGAUGUUUUAUAAUUUAAACAAAUUUACAGUGUAACUGCUGAUAUAUCCGGACCAAUCAUAUAUCCGUCCAUUCAGUUAGCUGUACCUCCAUUUCUCAAGUCAUCUAACUGGACAUUCAGUACCGUAAUUAAUUCAUCCAUCUGUCUGGCAGAACAGCCUGAUAGCUGUCGGCUAUGCCGCUAUUAUUAAUUAAUUCAUCUAUCUGUCUAACAGACUAGCCAGAUUGCUGGGGUAACUCCCCCCAUUUAUCAGUGCUUCAUCAUUGUAUUCAUAUCAACCAUUCACCUGUUCAUUAUUUCAUUAAAGAUACACUAUGUAAGAUUUAGAUAAAGAGCUGACAAUUCUUGUUAUAAUAGUUCAAAAAAAGAUAACGAAAAGUGAUUAUUCUGGGCAAAGUUAUGAGCAUUUGACUGUUUGAAAAGAUUUAGCGCAUUAUCAUAGCACCGGGACUAGCAUUUUUAUCGUUAAAAUUUUAAAUCUUGUGGAUAUUUUAAUCCAUUUAAAUCUCUGCCAUCCGAUGAUGUAGAGAGUUGAUUAUAGGCUUGUUAUGUAAAUAAACGUCUAAUGAAUACUUUAUAAUAGCAUUUGAAGCCAAAAGAAAGACGUGCAAUAGGCAGAUUUAGCUCUUACAUAAUGCAUCUUUAACUCAGUCACCCAUUACCUCCAGCUUUUAUUCAUUGACCAAGUCAUUUCUUUUAUAAUUUCAUUCCAUCAUUUAUUCAUCAACUCAUUCAUGCAUUCAUUCUCUCAUUAACUAUUGUUCAAUAAUUAUACAAUAAACUUUCUAAAGAAAUAAUAGAUAGUGAGAGUUAUCUCCCUUGUUUAUGAAACCUUGUUAACUCUCAUCAUUUUGCAAUUUGAUUAUAAAUGGAAAGGAUGAGUCAUAUUCAUUCUCAUUAAGUUUUGAUAAUAAUGUUUACAAGAAAUCACAAUUACCAACCAGGCUGCUGGUGGACGCAUGUCUUGUUGCCUGCCAACCUAUUUUUUUUUUGUUAUAAAUUUGUUAUUUUCUACCUAAACAUAUAAAGUGGGGAUCAACUGAUAUUUUUAAAAAAUAAACCACGAAAAUUGUAAAAGAAUAAAUGUAUCUUUAUUUUAAAAUUUGUUAAAUUGUUUUGUUGUUAAAGAUUACUCACAAUUUACACAAAUUGACCACUGGAUGUCCAUAAUAAAAUUGAUAUAGUGUGUUUUGGAUAUGGUUUGUUUUCAUGAAUUAAUAACAAUAUUAUUACUCUGUAAACAUUAAAACUGAGAUUAUUAACUAAUUAGCAUUAAUUGCUUUUUUUUUCAAUAGAGGUCUGUGAUACAUAACGUGUGAGCAUUAAUUAAUUUUAUACAGAUCCUUUCUAAUAAUUUGCUAAUAUGUGUUCCUAAUAGUUUAACAAUUUUCCUGGACGGUGCUCUUGGCCUAUUUUAGCUAACUACUACGCUGACAGUGGUGCCGGAUGGACAGGCCUGGAAAUAACGCUUUUUGAUGUACCUGACAAAAUGUCAGGCACUAAUGAAAUAGUACCUGACAUUUUGAACUUAGUGCCGGACAUGUAUUAAUAAUAUCAAUAGAAAAGACAAAUCAGUGCUGGACAAAAUGACAGCCAUCAAAGGUUUUGUGCCUGACAAAGCCUGAAUCUGUGCCUGACAUUGUCAGUGACAGGUGCCUUAUUUCCAGGCUUGAGGAUGGAGGGCCUGACAAGGACAGCUGUCUAGGUGUUUGGAUGGGACAGAAAACCGAGGUCCUGUGUAUACAUUGGUAUGCACAUAAAACAUCCCUUGGCAGUUGGAAUUCGAUAUAAGAGUCGGCCACAGUGCCGCUGUCCUGACAAAAUUUCUCUCAUAGCACACUGUAUAGCGUAUGCCCGUCUUCAUUAGCCCAGUUGGAGCAGAACAGUAGGACGUUAAAUCCCAUUUCAUUUCAUUUCCUGAAUUUCCUUCCAUUGGGCCUGCUAUAGAUUGUAUUGUAGUUUUUUUUAAUCAAAAUGAUAAUUAUAGGCUAGAUGUAUUAUUAUAGUGUUCAUGUUUUUUACAAUCUGAUUAAAAUACAGAUCUAUAUUUCGUUUUGUUUUUUAUAUUUCGAUGUCCUACAUGAAGAUCUGACCGGUUGUAGUAAAAGAUUGCGUCUGGGGUCAUAUGAGCACCUUUUGACCCUUUGACGUUUUUCAUACUUUCAAUGACCUCACAGCCCUCACUACAUGAAGAUCUGACCGGUUGUACUGGAAGGGGGGGGGUUGGAUGGCUGAAUGGUUAGCGUGCGUGCGCUGUAUCAUUAAGUCUGUCAUUGAGUCGACUGGCGUGGUUUCGAAUCCCCUGUUGUACGUGGCAAGGAGUAGGGUCGCCUGUCCAACCUCGUGGGUUUUCUCCGGGUCCUCCGGUUUCCUCCCACUGCUAAAGACCCCUACGCGCAAGCGAAUUAUUGAAAUAAAAUUAAACCAUAUGUUAGUCCCGAAAUGACCUGGUUUGUGUCGAGUGGACGUUAAACCCCAUUUCUCUCUCUGUACUGGAAGGUCUCGUCGUGUAGUAAAGACGAAACGAAAUUUUGAACUAUGAAAAACGAAAUGAAAUAGGAUAUGUGUUUUAACCAGAUCAUGUUUUUUAUUAUCUACAUUUUUUCUACUUGACAUUUUUAAAAUAAAGAAUGCAAUAAAAGUAGGUAUAUAGUGUUAUGCAUUAGUUGAUUAUAUAUUGAAUAAAUAAUUUUU